AAAUUUAAAAAAAAAAAGGAAAAAAAAAGGGGGCCUAAGCAAGUGGAUAUAUACAAUAUUAUUUUAAAGUUGGAAAGAUUCCGCAGCCCAAUUCAACUUGUUAGACUUUUUAUAUUCUAAACGUGGGGAAUAUGUACACUGUUACCUCUAGGAAGCUGCUCAGUGUUCGUCAAAAUGGAGAUCUUAUCAAUGGCUUCUCCUCCAUUUUCAGCAUGAAAACUUUGACCCUUAUUCUUCCUCUUCUUCCUCUCUCAGUUUUGACCUUGGACCCUGUCCAAGCUUUUCAAAACUCGGUUUCUUGCAGAUUAAACUAAUGCGUCCAAGAAUUACAGAUCACCAAUGGGGUGCUUUUCAUUUGGUAUCAAGGCGAUAAUCAUGGAGGAAAGCUUUGAAUUAAAGUAAAAGGGGCUUUUUGUUACCUCUAGCUUUUCUCUGAUCAGUUCACAAAGGAAAAAACCUGGAUCCGGAUUCGGGAUUCAAACUUCAUCUGUGCAUCUUCUGCUCUUUCUGUUCAUUUUGAUCUGUUUUUCUUCUUCCUUGGGAGGUUUCUGGGUUAGUUGUAUAAUAAUUUGACAAGGAAAAUGAAUCUGUGGAGAGAUUUGAGUACCUUGGUUGUUGUUGUUGCUUCUGUGGUGUUGCUCUUUGGAGCUGUGGGCAGCCAAACAAUCCUUGAGCCACGUUUUUCCUAUGUUAGAUUCAAUGAAAGCCUGUACAACCAAUUCUCGUUCACCGGAAGUUCUUCGAUCGACGGGGGUGCCCUGCAGUUAACUCCUGACUCGCUCAAUGAUGAUGUUAAGCUUCUAAAUGCAUCAGGCCGUAUUAUGUACUACCAGCCAUUUAGGUUAUGGCUCGAAGAUAUCGAUAGGAAGGAGGAAGAUGACAUUGUUGCUUCAUUCAAUUCAUACUUCUACAUCAAUAUUUUCAGAAAAGAAAAUUGGAAUGCCGGGGAGGGGCUUGCUUUUCUUAUAGCUCCGACUGCUGAUCAGAUACCUGAUCAGAGCUGGGGGCAGUGGAUGGGCCUCACCAAUGCAACCACCGAUGGUGAUAGCGGAAACCAAUUUGUGGCCAUCGAAUUCGAUACCGAGAAGCAGGACUUUGACCCCGACGACAACCAUAUCGGUCUGAACAUCAACUCCAUUCUCUCAAAGAAGACUGUUCCCCUGAAUACAUCUGGCAUAGUUUUAUCCCCACAGAAUGGAACCAAUCACAGUGUCUGGGUCGAAUACAACGGCAAAGAAAAACUUCUGCAGGUUUACAUGUCUAAAGACAAAGACCCAAAACCUGAUAAACCUCUCCUCAAUGAAACGAUUAACCUGAAACAGUAUGUAAAACAAGAAUCAUACCUUGGAUUUGCUGCUUCUACAGGCAGCCCAGAAAUUCAGCUGAACUGUGUCUUGGAAUGGACGCUUCAAUUAGAACAUCUUCCGGAGAAAAAAGAUUUUACGUGGUUGAAGAUCGUAGCUGGGGUUGGAAUCCCGGUACUUACGAUCGCAAUUCUGGUUGGGGUUUGGUUAUAUGUUGGUUAUAUGAGGAAGAGGAAAGCGAGAAGGGAUGCAGAAUCGAAUGUUCAGGGUACACUGAAGAGGUUGCCUGGAAUGCCCAGAGAAUUCAAGUACAAGGAACUAAAGAGGGCAACUCAUAACUUCCAUGAAAGCAUGGUUCUGGGAAAUGGAGGAUUUGGGGUUGUUUACAAAGGGGUUCUGCAGGAAAAGGAUAGGGAGAAGACUGCAUCUUCAACUUCCAUUGGCAGGCUCGAAGUCGCCGUCAAGAAAUUCUCCAGGGACAGCAUCAAGAGCAAAGGCGAUUUUCUGGACGAGCUCACCAUCAUUCACCGUCUUCGCCACAGGCACCUCGUCCGUUUAGAAGGGUGGUGCUACGAGAAAGGGAAGCUAUUAUUAGUAUAUGAUUUCAUGCCUAAUGGAAGCCUCGAGAAUCACCUAUAUGACGUUGCUGACCAGAAUGUUCUCAACUGGAGACACCGCUACAAAGUCCUUGUAGGAGUUGCAUCUGCAUUGCAUUACCUGCAUAAUGAGUAUGACCAAAAGGUACUGCACCGAGACAUAAAAUCAAGCAAUAUCUUGCUAGAUUCCGACUUCAAUGCUCGUCUAGGAGACUUUGGCCUUGCUAGAGCCUUGGAUCAUGAAAGAAACUCUUAUGCAGACCUGCAGUUUGGUGGAGUUCCAGGCACAAUGGGUUAUGUUGCUCCUGAAUGCUUCCAUGAAGGGAGGGCUACUCCUGAAUCUGACGUAUAUGGUUUCGGGGCGGUGGUGCUUGAGAUUGUUUGUGGCAGGAGACCAGGCGCAAGUGUCGAAGACGAGCAAAAUCAGUACACCCUAAUUGAUUGGGUGUGGAAGAUGCACCGCGAAGGACACAUUGAAAAAGCUGUCGAUAAGCGGCUGGAUAACGAUGUUGUAGUUGAUGAAGCUAGGAGGCUUCUACUACUUGGGUUGGCAUGUUCAAAUCCCGUGGCAAGUGAACGGCCACAAACUCAGGCUAUACUCCAAAUUUUAAAUGGAGCUUUGCCUGCACCUCAUGUACCUCCAUUCAAGCCAGUCUUCAUGUGGCCUCCUAUGAGUACUACUUCCACCAGUUCCACCCUCGCUUCACUCUCGACCACGAAUAACUCUCUACCAUGAAGCUUCACCACAGCUGAUCCCAUGCUUCAGUCUCUGCAACUUACCUGAAAAUCAUGUUGCAUUUCAUUUGUUUAUUGUUUCUUUUCAUUCUGACAUAUGCAAGGUAGAGAUGCAUACCCGGGGCUAAAACUCCCAACGUCCCAAGUAACCAGUGGCUGUAGAUUUCAGCAGAAUUCAUCAGGUUGCUUCUGCACAACGCACGAGCACUUGAAUGUAUGAGACUACACCUUUUUUCCUUCUUUGACUACAUAGUGUCAUCAUCUAAUCACCCUAUUCUCCCUGUUGCUAGACAGACUACUGAAUGUACCAUCAUUUUGCUUUACAUAUACAGCAUUUGACAUGUUUUCUAUACAAAUCGAAGACCGUUUAACAA